AUGAAGUCCUCUCUCCUCACCCUCGCCCUUUCUUCGGCUCCUCUGGCCGCCUUCGCUCUCCCCGCCCUCGACGGCGUGACUGGCGGCUUGCCUGUCAACAUCAACGGCUUGACUGAUGGUCUUCCCGUCAACGACCUAACCGGAGGCCUGCCCUUGGGCGAUGCCACCAACAGCCUCAAGCUCGACUCCGUCACCGGCAGUGUUGAGCAGGGCCUCGGCCGCCGCGACCUGCCCGUCAACUCGGUGCUCGACAGCGUCCCUGCGCUCAAGGGCGUUUCGACUGGCGGGCUGCUCGCCCGCCACGUCGAGAUCGCGGCCAAGCAGAAGGCCGCCAACGUCAACCUCCAGGCGCGCCACUCGCAGGCCACGCUCGCCAGCAGCUGCCACACCCUCGCUGCUACGCUCUCGUCGCAGGUCGAAUCGCUCAAGGCCGCCCAGAAGUCGGGAUCGAUCGAGAAGGUGACGUCCACCGUGACCGAGAUCAAGAAGACCGUCACCGUGACCACCGAGCAGGUCAAGACGAUCAAGGUCGAGAAGACAACGAGCUCGGUCGUGUCCCACGACGAGGUGGCAAACGUCACCAAGGUCUCGGACAGCCUCAAGGGUCUCAAGGUCGAGGAGGUCAGGACCAUCCUCGGCAACACCAAGGUCGUCGACGCUUUCAGGACCGUCAAGGGUGCCCAAACCAUCGUCUCGGCCGUGCUCAAGCUCGACGUCGCCGGUGCCGUCAAGGUCAUCACCGCUUUCUCCGCCGUCCGGUCUGUUGAGAAGCUCCUUGCCGCCCUGCACGGCCUCGACCUGGCCGCCGUCGUCGCCACUGCCGGCAAGCUGGAGCUGCUCGAGAAGGUUGAGGGUGCCACCGCGCUCGUCAAGCUCUGCCACUCCGACGUCAAGGUGCUCGAGCUCAUCUCGGUCUUCAGCACGGUCAAGGGUGUCGUUGCGCUGCUCGAGGUCCUCGUCUCGGUCGUCGUCUCGGACGUCGUCGCCCUGCUCGCCGUCCUGGUCAAGGUGACCAACCUCUCGCAGCUCCUCGUCGCACUCGGCAAGAUCCACGACCUCAAUGCCUUCUUCGUCGCCCUCCGCCUCGUCUCGUCCGUCUACAGCAGCCAGUCCCUGCUCCAGGCCGUCGUCUCGAUCCUCUUCGCCGUCGUCGGUGGUGUCGAGGAGACCAUCAGCGCUGCCCUCGAUGAACUGCAGGGCGUCCUCGCCACCCUUAUCGAGACUGUCGAGGGCGUCGUGGCCACGGCCGUCUACGAUGUCGACGAGGUCCUCGACGUCGUCGCUGACCUCCACGGCACCCUCCAGGGCCUGACCGCGGUGAUUCACACUGUCGUCGGUGGCGUUGCUCCUGGCCUUCUUGGCCUCGUCGGCGGCCUUCUCGCCGUCGUUGGCAAGCUCGUCGCCGUCAUCGUCUAA